AUGGUGGCAACCCCAUAUCAUCCUCAAACAAAUGGGUUGGCUGAGUGUUUAAAUACGGAGAUCAAGUCUAUCCUCCAAAAGAUUGUGAGACCGAAUAGGAAGGAUUGGAGCUCAAGACUUGAGGAGGCUCUUUGGGCAUACCAAACCACCUUCAAGACACCCAUUGGGAUAUCUCCAUUUAGGUUGGUCUAUGGUAAGCAAUGUCACCUCCCAGUGGAGAUUAAGCACAAAGCCUAUUGGGCUGUGAAGGCUUGUGCAUUUGGUGAGGAGGGUGUAGCUACCUUUAGGAAGCUCCAACUCUAA